AUGAGCAGUGCAAAGGGUUUUCGGGAUACAAACUCCGGUUGGCAGAAACUGGUGGAAAUUGGUCGACAAUGCUUCCCAGAUGUUAAGUCAACUGGACGUUUCGACUCUGAUAUGAAGGUUAUUCGAUACUCCUGCCCUCUAUUUCAUUCCGAGGAGGAUUUGUUGGGCGCUGCCAAUGAGGGUCGCGUCUACGGUAUCUUUCCUAGAGGCCUAGAGGCUGCCGGCCCCGGCUCCCAUGAUGUUCAAAUUGAGCCCGACGAG